CAACAAAUUCUUGUUUUCAGUGGAGAAGUUAGCUUUCAGCCAGUAGUGUACUAUGAGGAAGAAGAAAAUCAGGAGGCAAACACUGAAAGGGUAAGGCUACACUGUAGUCAUGUUGACUGAAAACGAUAUUAUUGAGAGAACUACAGGUACGAGCAUGCACUUCUCUUCUGUCCUUAAAUAUUCUCCUUUGCUUACAUAG